AUGAGAUUCCUGGCUCUGUUUGCGCUCCUCGUGCACGCAUCGUUCGCAAACACCGAGMAAAGCAUAUUCAUUGCACCGCCGGCCAUCGAACUGCCUGCUGCUGCCCCGACUCUGGAGCAUCUGAGACUCCAAACACUUUCAUCCGCCACUCCAAUCCUUCGUACAGCACUCCCCGUAGCAUUUCCUACUCAGGGCAACCCAAAAGGCCGUGAGUCGUGGUACUUACUGCAGAACUUGAACGAAGGCCAGAGAUACGAAGUGCGAGUCUGCUGGGCUGCCAUUCAACCAACCGACUUUUGGCUCGACGUCUACAACAUCACACAUGUUUUUGACGCGCCUCAUCUGAUUCAGAGCCUUUCCGCCUUUGUCGACGAGCAACUGCUUUAUUCGGAGGCAAACAUCGACAUUCCCUCAUCCUCAACCACAAACGACAUUUCAGGCAGUGUUUUGUUUCUACACAUCCACGCGACCGCAGACUUCUUCACCACCAACAAGACUUUAAUGCAAAGUCCCCCUCGCGUGAGUGUCGACAUCAUCCUUGAUCCGUAUCUGGCAAACAUAUUUCCAACGUCAUUGCUCCCCACCGUGGUCUACAUAGUCAUACUGGCUGUUGGCGCCUGGCUCGUUUCCGGUAGAAUCUGGAAUCUUCUCCAACCCAGGUUUUCAAGGAAGCAACGAACGGACUGA